AUGGCUGCGGAUUCCAGUGCGGAAGCACCUGCACACAUGGACAGAGCUCAAGCGGAUUCGAUCGAUGGAGGUGAUAUCUCAAACCUCCAUCAGCCGCCACCGGAUCACCAUGUUCCACUAGACCAUCUCCGCUCGCUCUACUACCGACCCGCUUUGGGAUCCGGCAUCCUAGUACCCUCGUCCGACCUCUCCCGUGAGGCUUCCUCCUCUCGUCUUGCGAUUGGAGGAGGUGAUCACACAUCCAUUCCAGCCACUUCCUCCGACUGGAGCCAUCAUCGGCGUGUCGAGAGCAAUCCUACACGAAAUGUACGAUCAGCAGCGUCGUCCUUCUGGUCGCACAAUGUGCCCCACGCUCAUCCCGAAUCGCAUGUCAGCAUACUCGCUCAGGCGCACGAUGCGAGCUCACUGUCAUCACGCACAUCCACUCCUCCGCUACAGCAACGUCAACGACAGCUGAGCUACAUCCACGCGGCACCAGGAUCCAGCGCAUCAUCGUACAGCAUCGGCAUCGGUAGCUUGGAUGCUGGACGUGCCCCGUUCGCCCAUCCUUCAUCGUAUGGCUACCUGCCCACACGGGUGUUGCCAGUCGAAGAAAAGAAACGGAUCCUCAUCACUGGUGGAGCAGGCUUCGUCGGCUCCCAUCUCGUCGAUCGUCUCAUGCUUCUCGGCCACGAGGUACUCGUCAUUGAUAAUUUCUUCACAGGCCAAAAGAGCAACGUCUCGCAAUGGGUCGGUCAUCCCAACUUCGAGCUCAUCCGUCACGACGUUGUUGAGCCACUCAUCAUCGAAGUCGAUCAGAUCUACCAUCUAGCCUGUCCUGCAAGUCCCAUAUCGUACCAAGCCAACCAGAUCAAGACCAUCAAGACCAACUUUUUGGGCACGCUCAACUCCCUCGGGCUGGCCAAACGAACAAAGGCGCGCUUCCUUUUGGCAAGUACAUCCGAAGUGUAUGGAGAUCCAGACGUUCACCCACAGCCAGAGACCUACAACGGCAACGUCAAUCCCGUCGGCCCGCGUGCGUGUUAUGACGAAGGCAAACGAGUAGCCGAAACCCUCACCUACGGCUACUACUAUCAGGAUGGGGUCGAUGUCAGGGUUGCUCGCAUCUUCAACACGUACGGACCGCGCAUGCAUCCCCACGAUGGGAGGGUGGUCAGCAAUUUGAUACAGCAGGCUUUGAGGGGUGAACCGCUGACGGUGUUUGGUGACGGUUCCCAGACUCGCAGCUUCAUGUUCAUCCACGACUUGAUCGAUGGCUUGAUUUCGUUGAUGAACGCCGAGCCAGAGCAAGAACAACCACGUCAACAACAGCAUCAACAACAGCAAGCACAAGUCCCAUCUGCAGCAGCACUGAAAGCAGCCGAGAUCAUGACGGAAGCCAACGAUACGAUCAUCCCGUCAACUUCGGCCGUAUCAACUCCGGCCCCAUCCAUCUCUGCUGCCGCUGUCGCAGACAGCGAGGUCAGCGCAAACCAGGGAUACUUCAAAACCGAAUCGCAUCGUUUGGACGUACACACACCCGUCAACCUCGGCAACCCAGCUGAAUUCACCAUCAUGGAGCUCGUCCAUCUCGUGCAGAAAUGCGUUGCAAAAGUCAAAUCCAAAGAUCUCGACGCCGCGGCUACCGACGAAGCUCAACCAUCAUCCGAGAUACGCUUCCUUGCAAUGCCAAAGGACGAUCCCAGACAACGCCGACCCGAUAUCACGCGCGCUACCAGCUUGCUCGAUUGGUAUCCUCGCUGGAAGCUGCAGGACGGACUGGAGGAGAUGACUCGGUGGUACUGGGAGCGCAUCAAAGAGGGAUCUCUGUAG